AUGAAUUCUAUUUCAAAUGCAAAUCAAUUAUUAUUACAGCCGUUUAUAAUAAUAGAGGAGUCAAAUUUGGAAGUGUCAACUGGAGUUAAGUCAAGUUUAGAACUUGAAAGUAAUUCAGAUGAAUUUUUUGAAAUUGAUAGAAAAAUUUCUGAUGCAAUUCAUCAAACCUCCAAGCAUACUACUAACACAAUUGAUAAUAUUUUUAAUUUUUCAAACAUUGAGAAUGAAAAUAUUGAUGAUCAAAUACAAACUAUUUCAACUUUAAAUAAUACUACAAGAAACUUUCAUAAUGCAUAUGAGCGACCUACUCAUGGCGAAAUGAGGCAAAAUGAUAGUGAAAUAAUAGUGAAGGUGAUGGUGAAAGGUGGCGAAAUUAUUGGUGAAAGAUGGCAAAAUAAUGGUAAAAUUAUAGGCGAAAUUAUGGUGAAAGUAUAG